AUGUCUGGCAUCACCGCCGUGUCCACGCAGGCGGCCUUGCCAUACUUUGUGGUGGCCCGGGAGAAAGCGUGGUACGCGGUGGACCUGCAGCUGUUGCAGUUCAUAACAGAUGCCUUGCAACACAGCGGUGGCACGUUCACAUCUGCCAUCCACGUGUGGGCCAAGCAGCACCCAGGGCGUGAGCAGCAAAACCUCAUCCUGGGCGACUUCAUGACACAGACAGACCACACGCGUGUGCGUCUGGAGGACGCCUGGUACAUGCACAAUGCAAUUCGUUUGGCAGGAGCCAGCGUUGGGAGUUUUGAGUGGUCUUUCACGGAGAGCGGCAUAGAGCGCGCCCAUACGAAUAUUGUGGCAUGCGUGCGAAGGGCGCACUUGGCGCGCAUCGCGGAGCACGUGCGGACGUGUCCGAAAUGCGUUGACAAGCUCGGCCUGGAUUUGGAGUUGUACACUGGCUGCCAACGGAAUGCCCCCACGAGACAAUUAUUUUGCAAGUUCUGCCGCCCGUCAAAGAUAGAACAAGCGCGCUUGAUACCCCAGAAGGAGAUCUUGGGCGUCGCUCCUCCCGGGCCGGCCGCUGACGGCGUCUCCGCGCUGCGGUGCGUGGUGAGCUGCCACGACCCCGAUUUGCCAGGGCGCCCCUUCGACGUGCACUUGCCGCGAGCCGAGGUGGACAAGGACUUGCUGGCCAAGUUCGAGAAGUCGUUGCUUCGGAGCCGGGGCGAUCACGGCAACAGGAAGUCGCGCCCGGCGUGGAUCAAAGGAAGCCGGCAACUUGCACGCUGGCUGAGGAAACAGACGCCGGCUUGUGGGCCGCCCAGCUCGGUCGCAGCGAGCAGCGGCGCAAGCGCUCAGGGUGGGGAAGCUAUCCAGGCGCGCGGCGUCGACAAACUCUGCGGGGGCAACAACAAAGUCAGACGCUGCACUGGAGGCAUCGUGACAGCAGUGACAUCGUGCGGCAUGCUGGUGGACUGGAUGGAGCUCUUCCGGGGCGAGUCAAUCGAGCUGCUGUAUGCGUUCGCGCUGCGGCUUCACAAAGAUGGCCGCGAGCUGGGCUUCGUCAUUGCGGCCUUGGGAUACGACAAUGCGCGCAAGCUUCUGUCGCUUGCCCGAGUGAAAGAAACACAGUAUCUACCAUGGACGAAAUCUUUCGUGGAGGAGGUGCGGAUGGUGUUGGACAGGUUCCACCGGGACAACCACACUUGGUGUUUGAACAACAUGCCAGAAGUGGACCCCCUGAGGCCAGAUAAUGCCAAGCUGUUGGAGAAGAAAAACACGGAGGCAUGUGAGCAAUUGAACUCUUGGAUCAGCGGCAGGGCACGGAAUGGCCUGGAGAUGACGCGGGGGCACUUCCAAAUGCAUUGGUGGAUCCUUUUUGACGCCCGCAACCAAUGGCUCGAGCGAGAAGCGGCCUGCGAGCGCAGACGUUGCGAGGCGGGGCCCUUGCAGCGCCAGACGAGUGGAGCACCUCCAGAUGCGGGGACAGCUAGCAAGUAG